CGGCGCCGGGGCGCACCCGGAAGCGGCGACGGGCCUGGGGGUCCCAGGGGGUCCCGGGGACCUUUGGGGAUCCCCUGGGAGGCCCCAGGGCCGCCAUGGCGGGGGCGGCGGCGGCGGCGUUGCAGGUGCUCCGCCAGGGCGUUUGGGCCUCGCUGACCGGCGGCUGCUUCCUGGACCCGCAGCUCGGCGCCUUCGCCAACUGCGUCCGGCUCUACGUGUGGCUGUUCCUGCUCGGGCUGCCCCUUGGGCUCUAUUCGGCGCUGCCGCCCACCCCCGCCGUGGCCGCUCUGUACUGCGGGGUCGUGGCCGCGUUUUUCGGGGCCGUCAAGGCCGUGACGUUCCGGCUCCACGCGCAGCUCGACCGGGGGGGCUUCCAGGGGGACCCUGAGGGGGGGGCGGCCGCUCUGCUGCCCCCCCGUAGCCCUGAGGAGGGCGACGGGCCCCCCGGGCUCCCUGGGGGGGGUCUGGAGCUCUCGGUGCUCCGGUGGCCGCGUGCGACCCCCCCUGAACUCUGUGGCUUCAACCAGCUCUCGGAGCUGCUGCCGCACCUGGACACGGACAGGAUGGGUGAGCUCUGGAGCGGCACCAGUGGCAUCAUCACCGCCGCCGACCGGGAGCAUCUGUGCCGCGGCCCCCCCACGGGGGGGGGGCACCCCGAUGCGGGGGGGGGACUGGGGGAGGCACAGGGGCUGAGAGAGGGGAGCUGCGGGGGGGCUGGGGGUGCUGCCGGGGUCCCGCUGACCCUCGGACUCCCCCCAGCCCCAGAGAGCCCUCUGGCAGUCGGUGUAGAGGGGGAGGUCCCGCCUGGCAGCCCCCCACCAACACCCCCCCAGGGUAGGGGUCCCAGCAGCCUGUGCAUGGCCCUGAGCCCCCCCCAGCCCCCUGAGGCCCCCUGAGACCCCCUCAGCCACCAGUGACUCCCCUCGGGGGGUGAGAGGGGGCCCUGAGGGCGAUGGGCCAGGGGAGACCCCCUUGGGAGGAGAGUGGAGGUUGGGCCGACCCCAGAGCAGGGGGGUCUGGGGGGGGGCAGUGCUAUAACUGGGAUGUUUGGGGGGGCACUGGGGGGUGCUGCCCUAUAGUGGGAAACUUGGGGGUCCUGCCCCAUAACUAAGGGGCUCCAGAGGGCUGGGGGGGGCUUGUCCUGGCCAUAACCGGGGGGGCUAGGGGGGCUAAACAGCCUCAUGGUGAGAUUUGGGGGCACCUGAUCUCUGACAGGGGCUCUGGGACCUUUCACGGGGGGAUCCUGGGGAAGGCUGGGCUCUUUCUCUCGUUUUUGCUGGUUCUCAGUAGGGUUUUGUUGGUUUAGCGGGGUUUGGGGUUGGUACAAAUAAAUUAAUAAAUAAAACCUGAUAACAGUU